UCUAUAGACAUUUGUCGGCAGCAGUUGGAAUAAACACACACAAAAAUGUCAAAGCCAGUGAAAAUUGAAACGCCAACGGUUGUGGAAACCCUUUCCAUACCUGUUCCAAGCACAAAUGGGAACAGCAAAGUCAAUACCAAUGGCUCCUCUUCAAAUGGACUGAAAGUUAGUGAUAUUAAAUUGAGACCCCGACAUGUUUCGGGAGGAACUGAAGAAAUAGUUGAUCCAUUUUGUGAUCCCAAGAAUCCGCAACGCAUUUCCUUUCAUGAUGUCACCUCGGCUGCCUUUCUAAUCAAAGGCGGAGUAGAGCGUACUCCUUGUCCAAAAUCUACCUCAUCGGAAUCGUAUGGCAUGGACUUGUAUUUGAAAAAGGAUUUCCUACAAUACACUGGCAGUUUCAAAGAGCGUGGAGCACGUUACGCCCUGCUUUCCCUGAGCGAGGAACAGAAGCGAAAGGGAGUGAUUAGCGCCUCGCUGGGUAAUCAUGCCCAGGCAUUGUCGUAUCAUGGCUGGAAACUGAAUAUACCCGUGACUGUGGUUAUGCCCACAGCGGCUCCCAUUAUGAAGAUACAAAAGUGUCGCAAUUACAAGGCCCGAGUGAUUGUCGAUGGCAAUGAUAUGGGUGAAGCUAAAUCCCUGGCCAUGCGCAUGUCCAUCGAUGAGAAUCUCCUCUAUGUGAAUGGCUACGAUCAUCCGCAUAUUAUGGCGGGUCAAGGAACAAUUGGCUUGGAAAUUUUGGAACAGGUCCCUGAGCCAGAUGCAGUAGUGGUUCCUGUGGGAGGCGGUGGCCUCAUAGCAGGCAUAGCCACAGCUGUGAAGGCUCUAUCCCCGAAAACCAAGAUCAUAGGUGUGGAGUCCGAGAAGUGUGCCAGCUUUAGUCGGGCCAUGGAAAAUAAGGGACCCAUAGAUACUUCCAUUAAGAACACUUUGGCCGAUGGCCUGGCAGUACCCAAAGUGGGUUACAAUGCUUAUUGCACAGCCAUGCCUCUAAUUGAUCGCAUGGUAGUGGUCAAGGAGGAGUACAUAGCCGUGGCAAUAUUGCGCCUAGUGGAAGAAGAGAAAUGUGUUGUAGAGGGCGCUGGCGGAGCCGGUCUAGCUGCCAUUCUAGCUGGCCAUCUAGACGAUCUCAAGGGCAAGAAAGUUGUGGUCCUGUUGUGUGGUGGUAAUAUCGAUACCACAGUCUUUGGACGUUGUCUGGAACGUGGUUUGGCUGCUCUGGGUCGUCUGGUUAAAUUUAAUGUGGAGGUCAGUGACCGUCCCGGAGGCAUCAAUGAUCUGUGUGCCCUGCUAGUCCGUAUUGGUGUCUCCAUCAAGGAUAUUAUGCAUGAGCGAGCCUGGCUGCGAGAUAUCUACACAGUUGAGGUGAAAGUUGUCUGUGAGACAUUGGAUUGGUCGCACAGUCUACAACUGAAGAAUGAGCUCAAGAAGUUUUAUGCCAAAGUGGAAUUCUCUGAUGUGCCAUUGGCUCUAAUGGAUAAUAGCAAUGCGGAUACCCAAAACCCACUUAUUGCAACUUAAUUAUACACAUAUCCAACAUUCAUUUUGGAUGUAUACAUGUGAUUUUUAUAUAUUUGUGUUUUUUUUUUCCAGCCAAAAAAAACCUUAAGAACUAUUAAACUUAAAACGUAAACGUAAUGAUAGUCGUGGUAGAAAUAAUGUAAAUACAAUUUAAAUAAAUAUACAAAAUACAA